CAGAAGGUGCGCACCGCCGAAGGCGACGAACGGGUCGACUACAACGCGGCGCUGCUCUACGAGGGUGGCGAGAUCGUGCAGACCUACCGCAAGUUGCAUCUGGUGCCGUUCACCGAGCGCUACCCGGAAUGGGGUCCUCGCUUCCUCCAUGACCUGCUGGAGGACUUCGAGACCCACUUCUGGGAGCGGGGCGACGAGUGGACGGUGUUCGAUGCCGGCGGGGUGCGCUUCUCGACGCCGAUCUGCUUCGAGGACACCUUCGGCUAUUUGAACCGGGAAUUCGUGAAUCGCGGGGCACAGGUGAUCGUCAACAUGACCAACGAUGCGUGGUCGAAGUCCGUACCCGCGGAGAUGCAGCACUUCGCGAUGGCCGUGUUUCGUGCCACCGAGAACCGCAGGAGCGUGGUGCGGGCCGCCAACAGCGGCAUCACCGCCAUCGUCGAGCCGUCGGGCCGCAUCACCGCUAUGCUGGAGCCGUUCGUCGAGGGCACCCUGGUCGGUGACGUGCCGGUCUUCGAUGAGGCGCGGACGCUCUAUUCCCGCGCCGGCGACUGGUUGGGCGUGGCGCUGACGGCAGCGGCGUUCCUGCUGAUCGCAGGCGCGCUGCUGUGGCGGCCGCUCCGGAAGCGUUGA